UAUAUCGUAAAAUUAUAUCCGCUCCUCAAUUAACUCAAUCUUUUACUCAAGCCUCGAUGCCAUUACCUCGUAAUUCACCAAUUUUAUUAGCAAAAGAACAAUUACUUAUGGUUGUUAAUCAUCUGUCAUUGCUUUUAUCAAAUGAUUCUAAUGACUGGAUAAAAGAUGUAAAUCAUACCGGAAAACUUGUAAUGUUGCGACAAUUGUUAAAGCUUUUAAAGGAUAAGAAUCUUGCCAUCGGCAUUUCAAUUCCUCCAGGAUUAAUGACGGAUAUUUUCAUAGACUUUUUGGAAUCCAAUGGUCAUCAAUACAAAUUUGUUAAUGAUCCUUCAAUUAGGCACGAUAUUAGUAAACAACCAGCUACAGAACUUUCUUAUAAUGGAUUAAUGUGUUUUAUAUUUUCAACAGCCUUGCAAAACAUUGAUCUUGAUUUACCUCCUCUUGAUCUUAUGAUUGCAUAUGACACAACUUUCAACACGCAAACGAAAUUUGCCCAAUCUGUAUCCAAUAUGAACAUUCCGGUUAUCAGACUUGUUACCAAAAACACUAUAGAACAUGCUAU